UGCGGUCUGCGCUCUGCGGUGGUGGGCUCUGGCUCUGCCUCUGGCUCUGGCGCAGGGGCGUGGGGGACGGGACUGGCAUUGCCACUGCCCAGCCGCGGGAGCGGCCCCUCCGGGGGGACAAGCGCAUUAAUGCCACUGCCGCCUCCGCCGAUUUAACUCCCCGCCUCUAUCGCCCUCACCUUCACCUGUACGCCGUCCCGCUUCGCUUCGGAGAGGUCGCUGCCUGUGCCUGCCAUCAACGUUCCCUCGCUGGUUGAGAUGUUUGGCCGAAACAUCAAUGAUGGUGAAACUGAAGAGAAGAAUGGCGAGGAAGAGGAUGGCGACGGAGAAAAGAAGCACGCAUCACACAUGUUCUGCAAGACACUCACAGCUUCUGAUACCAGCACACAUGGGGGAUUCUCUGUUCCACGGCGAGCUGCAGAGGACUGCUUUCCACCAUUGGACUAUGAGCAGCUUAGGCCUUCCCAAGAGCUUAUUGCCAAGGAUUUGCAUGGCAUGAAAUGGAGGUUCCGUCAUAUCUAUAGAGGUCAACCUCGAAGGCAUCUUCUGACAACUGGAUGGAGUUCAUUUAUCAAUAAGAAGAAACUAGUCUCAGGGGAUGCAGUCUUGUUUCUUAGAGGUAAUGAUGGUGAGCUAAGAUUGGGUGUGAGGAGAGCAGUUCAACUGAAAAAUGAAGCUCUACUUGAAGCUGUCAACUGUACUGAUUCGAAGCUACUUAUGCUGUCUGCUGUGGCCAAUUCUUUGGACAACAGAAGUAUAUUUCACAUCUGUUUCAACCCAAGGGUUGGUGCAUCAGAAUUUAUUGUGCCGUAUUGCAAGUUCUUGAAGAGCUUGAACUAUCACUUUUCAGUUGGAACCAGAUUUAAAGUUGGCUGCGAGAAUGAAGAUGCUAACGAGAGGUCCUUUGGAUUGAUCAUAGGUAUUAGUGAAGUUGAUCCCAUACACUGGCCUGGAUCAAAAUGGAAAUCUCUCCUGAUAAAGUGGGAUGGUGCUACUAAGUACAGCCACCAGAAUAGAGUAUCUCCAUGGGACAUCGAGGGAGUUGGCAGCUCAGUUUCAGUUACUCACCGACUUUCCUCUUCUGUUUCGAAGCGAACAAAACUGUGCUUCCCUCCAAGCGAUUUGGACACGCCAAUUCUAGAUGGAAACGGUCGUCCAGACUCAGUGGAAACUGAACGUUUCCACAGGGUCUUGCAAGGUCAAGAAUUGGUGCACUCUAGUAUUCAUGGUACUGCAUGCUCUCAUUCAUCAGAUAGCCCCAGAUGUCAAGGCUCUUAUGGCAGGAGAUUCUCUGCUGAUGCGUGGAACUGCAAGAUGAAUGAUGUAAUGAGUGGGCCUCGACACCUAAAUGCCACUGGGUUUGCUUACCAGCCCCUAGGCUUCAGUGAAUCUGUCAAAUUCUCAGAGGUCUUGCAAGGUCAAGAAAUGUCUCAGGCGGUUCCUUCCUUCAUGAGAUCUGCUUUCAACUCUGGCACGCAGAAUGGCAGGGUUCGACCAUUUGAUUAUGUGCAGAGAUCAGAUGCAACUCAAGGAUACGCUCUCCAGCAGUUUAAUCUGCCAGCAACAGAAGUGCAUUCGCCCUCUUCUGUUCUUAUGUUUAACCAAACCAUGGUACCACAUGCUGAGCUAGAUGGUGCGACCAACCGUGAAGAAGUACAUGGCAGCAGGUACUUGUCAUCCAAUGCAAUAGGGAGAGAAGCUGAACCAUGGCCAUCCAUGCAGCAGCAAAGAGCGAGUGUAAAUGGAAGCGAGCCUCUCGACACAACUGAAGCCUCAGCUCCUGCAAGGAACGCUGAAUCUGGAUCGGUCGGCAGGGGCGCGGGGCGAAGCAACUGUAAGCUUUUUGGUUUCUCCCUGACUGAGAAGAUCCUUGGAACGGAUGGUGGUGGUGUGAAAGAAGGGAACUACGAAGUGGACCGUCAAACUCCCCGGGUGCUAGACUUGUUUGGGCACGGUUCUACGCCUGGAGCUCUGCAUGCUCUCUGUGCUGCUCCCUUGGGAAUAUGAUGCUGUUCUGCCUAGUUUUACAACAGUUAGAUUUAUGUAAUCCUUCAGCCAUUUUCAUCGCGUUGUACUUGACCAAUAUGUCCAGCGUAUGAUUUCCAGUUUUAAUUGUAUGCUGAUGCUACAUAUCCUCUCUUGAGAUCCAUGCAUGAGAAUUCUGGCAGAAUGAACAGAGGUAAAUUGAUGUCCA